AUGGGAUUUUUUGAUCAUCUCCAAAAAGGAGGGGCCGGAGCCUUCUCUCUACAGCCCAAGAAAGCGCAAAUCCGCAAAGUCGUGCAGACUCGACCUGCUGCUCCUGCACCUACACUAUCAGCAACACAAACCCCGGAUUAUCGGUCGCCGCGAGUCCCAUCCUCGUCGGAGCGGAGCCGCAAGGCGCAAACGCUCCAAGCCCAGUCAGUCUCAAGUGACACUGACGCUCGCUCAUCGAAACGCAGUACCCCCUCGCGCAUUCGCAAAAGACCUACACCAGAACAACGGCUCUCCAGCGAUGACGAUGCAAGUGAUAGUGAUGCCUCGUUCGAGGUGCGAAAGCGUGCAAGAACGAGCGCCAGUGCCGAGCCCGACCUGGAGCGGCGGCUUCGGUCAGUGAAGGCAUUCUCGGAGGAGGGGUCUCGACCUUUCAAGAUGGUGCAUGCUGCGGAUAUCUCGGGUCAAAAAGCCGGCAAGUUUAAGCCGGCGUUCGGUGCUGAGGGCAAGCCGAAACAAAUUCUUCUGCAAUACCCCAGUGCUUCGCAGCAGGAGAGGUUUGACUCGGUAGUUCCUCGAGACAAUGACGAAUUCCGGCCCAUCGACGAUAUCGUGCAGGUCAUCGAGACCGUCUCCGACAAUUACAUUCCAAGUGAAGAGGCAGACGAGUUCAACGACGAAACAACGGGUAUCAAGCGAAGGCUACGCCGAGCUCUGGCUGUCACGUCCGAGAGCCAAUUUCGGGGGGCUGUUGGUGACUACAACAAGGCUAUCCAGCGACUGAGAAGCAACGGCAGUCUUGCCAGGCAUUUAGACACAACGGAACGCAUCAGUUUACCAUGGGUAGAGCGAAUCUUGACUCAAAUUUAUGCGCGCACAGUAUCACCUCGGGUCGACUCCCUUCGGCAAUACGAGAACGGCACGGACAACGUCUAUGGAGAGCUCCUCCCGCGCUUCAUCAGCACAAUUUUCAAGGAAACCAAGCUCAAGUCAGGCCAGGUGUUUGUCGACCUUGGAUCUGGCGUAGGUAAUGUGGUCCUACAAGCCGCUCUCGAAAUUGGAUGUGAGAGCUGGGGCUGUGAGAUGAUGUCAAACGCUUGUGAUUUGGCCGAGUUACAGCAGUCCGAGUUCAAAGCGCGAUGCCGUCUCUGGGGACUUUUGCCAGGCAAGACGCAUCUUGUCCGGGGUGAUUUUCUCGAGCAAGAGAGCAUUAUCAGUGUCUUGAAACGGGCUGAUGUGGUGCUUAUCAACAAUCAAGCGUUUACACCACAACUUAACAACGAACUCAUUAACCACUUUUUGGAUAUGAAGGAAGGCUGCAAGAUCGUCUCACUCAAGUCAUUCGUCCCGGCAGGCCACAAGAUCCAAUCUCGCAACCUCAACUCUCCUAUCAACCUCCUUCAAGUUCAACAGAAGAAUUAUUGGUCAAACAACGUUAGCUGGACCGACGUUGGCGGUACAUAUUUCAUUGCCACCAAAGAUAGUUCUCGGCUUAAGUCAUUCAUGGACAGCACUCUAUGA